UAGAAGGUCCUUAAGAGACGGGAAAGAAAAAAGAAUGAAUAACUAAAUGAAAUGCUGCAAAGACUGUAUUAUAAAACCCCGUCAGGGCCAAGGACUGGGAGAAGGGGGCACAUAGGGGGGUUGAGAUGAGAAGAUAGAUCAUCUACAUGACGACACGAUAUGCACGACACGUCGAUAGCAUACGAAGCGUAGCAAAGACAACAAAUACCCCACGGUCUAAUUCGAGGGCACAAGGGAUAAGGUUAGCCGGCGGCGUGAAGCCUUUAUCAAAGCUUCAGGAUCCCGGCGGCGGUGAUUGGCGCGGCCGAGGGAACUUUUUACAGUGGGUACAGCAUCCGGAACGCGUACGCCACCAAACCAUGACAAUGGCCGUGUCAGCAAUAUUCCGUUCUUUGUCGCAUUUGGGACGAGGCUAUUGCGGCGGGGAGGUGUUUUGCCGCCAGGGCUGGAGAGACGGAGUUGAGAAUGAGACUUCAAGGUUGUCUGGAAUGGCCAAAAUGCUUUGUUGCUCCCUCCUUUGCAGCGAGCGAGUGCUGAGAGGCAUACGAGCCAAGUACUACCUAUUACUAGUAGUAUGUAUAAACGCUGCUUUUGGGAAUGGGGCGGCACAAGCUCAAAACGGCAGCAAAGAUAAGGCAGGGCUAUUUAUUGGUGUAGCCGAUGCUGACCACUUUCCGCAUCCAUGGUUCAUGGAUUCAACUGCUCUCGGCAACGAAUGGCGUUAUAUGAGCCUAAUAUGAGUGUCUCAUUCCAUGCGGGGGAUUUUCCGAAUGACGGAGCGGUAAACCAGUGCUCAUCAGCCGGGACAAGGCUACGUGCAUGCAUGUAUUGUUGAGGCCAGGAGCGUAGACCAGGCCGUUGUCGUGAUAUGAUUCCAGCAACGCGUGUCAUCUCUUGGCUCGUGGCAAUCAAUCAAUGCUCGUGGCAGCGUCGAAGCAUCAACUGGACACAGACCCGGGGCUGAACAAAGUUCCAAGCCAUGGGUGCAAAUUAGCAAACGCUAGCGGGUACCUGGCCCGCUAGCUGCUUCACUUGCCUCGAGAUUAUAGCGCCAGUUACAGGGGCAGGACACGCUGCUGGACGAUGGACCCCGCCAUCGAACCCCGCCAUCGGCCUCUAGCCGCAUCUUGCUGAGAUUUGGCAUCGUCAUUGUUUC